AUGGCCAGUAACGAGCUGCGGAAAUUAUUAAAGCAAGAACGCCAGAUUCGAAGCAUCAUGGAUGCCAUGAAAGAGUUUCGGCAGAAUUACAACGAAAUUCGCGAUAAGAGUUCAUUGCCAAUUCGAAUUAAAAAACUGGACGACGUGUAUGAGCUGUUUUGUGAAGUGCGCAUGCAAAUCGAAUUGAUUAUUGAGGAUACGGAUGGAAGUGAAGAAUUCGUUGACCCAGAUGAAACUGUGGAUGCUCAAGCCCGCAAAAUGGCGGCAAAUAAGCACAAAAGAGACAUGGACAAUGCGCAGAUUCUGAAAGAAUUCAUCAGUGAAUAUUUUGUGCUAAAGCAAUCAUUGGAAGACUUAUUGUGCCCUUCGAUGUUGAAUCCCGCUGCUGGUCCUGCGCCGUCUAUCAGCCAGCAACAUUCUUCUGUGUCGAUGAUGCGGUUUGUCGAAGAAUACUUGCGCUUGGGCCACAUGAGAGAAGUCACCGAGGAUAAAGAAUCAACAGCUCAACAAUAUUAUAUACCACAUCACUGUGUACUCAAACCGGAAAGUUCGUCAACAAAACUGCGGGUCGUUUUCGAUGCGUCGUGCUCUACUACUAGCGGAAUUUCCCUCAAUGAUGCCUUAAUGGUUGGUCCCACAGUUCAAGAUGAUCUGCUCUCGAUCGUCAUGCGCUUUAGGCUCCAUCGAUUUGCUAUAGUCGCGGACAUUGAAAAAAUGUACCGCAUGGUCCAUGUUCAGCAGCGUGAUUGGCAAUUCCAGCGUAUUUUCUGGAGAAGCAAUCCUAACGAGUUCAUUCGCAUCUUUGAGCUUAAAACGGUUACGUAUGGCACAGCAUCUGCCCCAUAUUUGGCGACAAAAUGUUUGAAACGACUGGCAGAGCUCGACGGUGGAACAUUUCCGGAUGCUGCGAAGGUAUUAGCGGAAGAUUUCUAUGUGGAUGAUAUGAUGUCGGGCGUAGACAGCAUCGAGGAAGGUGUGCAGCUGUGCGCUGAGAUACAGAGACUGCUAAGCGGCGGCGGAUUUACGCUCAGAAAAUGGAGCUCGAAUUGCCCCGCAGUCCUCGAGCGUAUACCUGAAGACUGCAAGGACGAGCGGACUUGCUUUGAAUUAGACGACUCAAAACAAUUACUAGAGAAUCAACUUUGGUGGAAUGGACCAUCGUGGCUUGUACAGGAUGAAAGCACAUGGCCAAUGGCAGAUGAUGUACCACUAACAAACUUCGAUACCCGUUUCCUGGAAGAAAACACUGCCAUAUCGGUUGUAGCCAACAUGGCUCCACCGAAUGAAAUUUUCAGUCUGCGGUCGUCUCUCAUGGACUUAGUAAAACUCACUGCUUGGUUACUCAGGUUCAUACAUAAUACUCGCCAAAGGAACCACAGCGAUAGGCGGCAAGGAGCUCUAAUGUUCGCCGAACGGGAAGCCGCACUUAUUCAGCUCGUGAAACUUGCUCAGCGGGAGCGGUUUGAUCAGGACAUCAAAGAAUUACUGCGGAAAAAUCAAGUGAAAUCAUCGUCUCGUCUCAAUUCUCUCUGCCCGCGGCUACUGGAUGGAGUAAUUCGUGUCGGCGGCCGGCUCGCGAAUGCACAAAUCUCAUCAGGAAGAAAGCAUCCAAUUAUUCUGGAUAAGGAUCAUCCACUAACUACUCUUGUCAUGCUCCAUUACCACCACAAAAUGCUUCAUGCAGGCCAACAAUUGCUUAUUGCCAGCGUUCGAGAUCGGUUUUGGCCUAUUGGUGUUUGCAGUCUCGCCCGUCAAACUAUUCACCGUUGUGUUACCUGUUUUAGGAACAAGCCAACCGUCCAUGAACAAUUAAUGGGAGACCUGCCUUCAGAGCGUGUUACGCCAGCGCCACCCUUCCUGAGAGUCGGGGUCGAUUAUUGCGGACCGUUUCAGGUUGUGUAUCCAAACCGAAGAGCAGUCCCGGUAAAAUACUAUGCCGCGAUUUUCGUUUGCCUAGUGACCAAAUCGGUUCACAUUGAGACUGCUGCAGAUUUGACGACGGCAGCAUUCUUGGCGGCUUUCAGAAGGUUUGUUGCAAGGCGCGGCAAGCCGUCAGUUGUCAUGUGCGACAACGGUUGUAACUUCGUUGGGGCUAGACGUGAACUAGACGAACUUCGACGAGUGUUUCUCGCUCAGCAGUCACAGCAGACAAUCGUAUCAGAAGCAGCCGAUGAAGGAAUCGAGUUUAAGUUCAUCCCAGCUAAAUCCCCAAAUUUCGGGGGCCUCUGGGAGGCCGCGGUGAAAUCGAUGAAGCAGCACCUUAGAAGAGCAAUCAGAACCAAAACUCUAACACCAGACGAACUACAGACGGUACUUGUUCAGAUUGAGGCCUGCUUAAACUCAAGGCCUCUCACACCUUUGAGUAACGACCCGGGAGACUUCGAAGCUCUAACGCCAGGGCAUUUUUUAAGUCAACGCCCACUAACCGCAAUUCCAGAACCAUCACUACAGGAAGUUCCCGAGAAUAGGCUAUCUCGGUGGCAACGUACGCAGGAUUUUCUGCAACGAAUAUGGCGAAAAUGGUCUACACAAUAUCUGUCCGACCUCCACAAUCGAACCAAGUGGACGAGACAGCGAAACAACUUGUUCGUCGGUACAAUGGUCCUGGUCAAGGAAGACAAUCUUCCUCCACUCAAAUGGGCUCUAGGUCGAGUAACACAUGUGACUAAAGGCGCUGAUGGAAACAUCCGGGUGGUCACAGUUAAGACCAAAGAUGGCAGUUAUACUAGGGCAAUUAGCAAGAUUUGCGUUUUGCCCAUCCGUGACAACGAUCAAAUUGGUGCAGAAGGGAAGAAUUAA